CGCUGGCGCUUUACCACUUCGCUACCAACUCAGAACCAUACCACAGACAACCGCUAGCCGAUCGCCACUGACUGCAGGUAUAAAGCCAAAAUGCAUUUCGCGACACACCGGACCUGAAUUACACACUACACCGCGAACUCAGUAAAAAACCGCAACAUUCUCUCCGGCAAAAUUGAUCGAGGCUCCAUUUUUUCAUUGGGCCUUCAUGAGAAGUGCCAGUAGACGUUUGCUUUCCUAUUUUCCUUCCCUUUCAACUUUGUUCUUUCACAAAUUCCUACCACUUUAUACUCCUGCAAAAACUGCAGCAAGAGUUCGCCGCUUCGUGUGCCAUACUGCUUCCACAACUGACUGUCGAUAAGUGUUCGUUGAUGUUUAUUGAUUGUGAUCGUUGUCAGACAGUUUUAUGCUGUGGUGUAGUGCUCUAGUGUGAUGCAUUUCCGACUGGAAUAAGAACACCGAAGGAUCCUGAGAAUGAAGUGGAGGCCUUCCCGUUCCACUGCGGUGGUAUCGCUACUGGUGAUCGGGCUCUUUAUUGGUCUGACUGAUGCUCUGCGUGGAUCGCCGUCUUCGGUUGAUCAACAAAGACCAACGACGACCAGUGGGAGAGGUAGCGCCAGGUUCAGCAAGGUAGCCGUCCCGGACGGCACGAGCAACUCGAAGGCCGUCAGUCUUGAUGCUUCGUCAACUCCCUCCUCAAGACGGCCCUCAAGGCUGAAAUCUGGCCCUGGAUCGAGGAAGAACCUAACGCCGGAAGCCAGAUUAGAGACGUCGGCUGCCAAGGGUACCACCAUCGCGAGGCGACGCACAGGAACGAUUCAACAGAGUGGAUAUAGCACUGAGAGCAUUAGACCGGCAGAAAGCGCCAUUCAGAAUGUUGAAGUAAAGAAUACAGCAAGACGAAACACUGCCAGCUCAAAUGAAGAAGGAGAAACGACCACGAGAAAGAACACCGGGGAUAGAAGAUACCUACCGGACAAACGGUCCAGGGUGAAAACGAACAAAUCAUUUGACGACAUUGAACUGGAAGUACCGAGGGAAUCGGCUGGGCGAAGCCAAAGACCUGAGAGAAAGACUUCACGUUCUAGGAUUGGGCUUCUGAGUGGCGAUGGGAUCCUGGCUAAAACUGGCCCUUCAGUUUUCUCCGGAACCGCCGAGUAUUCCAGGUCGAGGACAGGUAGGAAGACACAGAAUCAAGCUCUGUCGGAGGAAAAGACGUUGGAUGAUUUUGGAAGGUCGAAAUCCAGUAGUGCAAAUACCAAAUUGAAGGAUCCGCAGAUCCGAACUAGGGGGAGAUCUGUUAUCAGGAUGAGCCCAAGAAAUUACGACACCACUGUGGCAUCUGAAACCCUCGCCAACACAGAAAGCGUUCGAGUUGCCAUCCCCCUGAACGUCGACAAAACGACGGUUCCGUCACUGAGCUCUGUGGACACCACAGUUUCUACCAGUACUACCGAGCCUUCAACAACAUCGUCACCGCAUUCGAGAAGGGGUAGUGGCCGAUCUCAACAAAGUUCCACUAGUGGAGGUAUUUUUGAAACGACAACGCGCGCGUCGCGACUCAUCACCAGAGGGGGACGCACCAAGUCGCCCGAUUCGAACGGGGCAUCAAAUGACGGUUCGAUCCGGGGUGUUGCUUUUCGGUCCAGGAGUCGAUUGGAAUCAAAUUCUCAAGCUCAUCAGCACUUGAUGGAGACAGGAGAUGAACGACUCAAGUCGAGAGGAGGACGGGGCAGAGGCAGAAAGUUCGAACAAGCCGAAAAAACUGAAGAUUUUUUUGUAUCUCGAAAAUUUAACACAGAACCUCUUACCUUCAGAAUCGCAGAUCCUGGAAAACAAACAAGAAUUUUCGAUGCCGUGUCUGAGAGUUCAAGCAACCAAAUGAACAAAGAUAUCGAAGGGUCGAGUGCGCGUUUUGGCGAAGGAGCUUUAUUCAGAAAUGAUCAGGUGCAAGACGAUAAACCUAAGAUCGAGAUAUUUACUCCAGUGGCGGAAAUAGCGACACUCCAGCCGCUGGCUGUAGGAAAACCUGUUGAGCUUGAAACCACGGAACCGGUGGAAACAGAGACAGAAUCUGCAGCUACAACUGCAGUGGCAGCGGUUUUCGAGAAACUUGAAUCGACGACGAAACCAUCUGAAGUAAGAUCAGAGGCUAAAAAUCCCCGAAGUAGAAUCCGAAAGAGGCCCGAGAUGAGGCUACUUCAGAGGGAAGAAGAACCUCGCGACAACCGCUCGUCGAGAAACAGAAAGCCGUUAACCACAGUGGAAACUGAUAUCGAAAACAAUCCCGAUACCGUUCCAAGAGGAAGAAGUAGAGCAGCUUCAGUAAAGAAAAACAACGCUCCCGGUCAGAGACGAAGAGUUACCAAUGACGUCAAAAGGGAAAAAUCGACGGUUGCACCGAUCAGUAGCAGCGAGAUCCCUCCAGUGAAUAUUCAGGCGUAUAAUGAAGUGGUGGAAACAGUCGGAAAGACAGUUGACGGCAUUGAAAACAGCUUGAUAAUAUCAAGGAUAUUGUCGCCGACAAUUAUUCCAAAACGACGAGGCAUGAAGAAACUGAACAUUAAGCCGAAAGACGAAAAGGAGGAGCUGAGUACAGCUUCGAGUAUAAAAACACAUGAAACGUUGAACGAACCAGGAAGAAGACGGGGAGCGGGAAAGCCCAAUCGAAAGUUGGAGGUCAGCGCUAGUGAAAAACCAGUCGUAGAAUCGAUAGAGGAGGACAAUUAUCCACCAGAAUUCAAAGCUCGGUUAGCCGAAUUGAAAAAUUCAGAAUCCAAGACACCCGCACCCCCGAAGUUCACACCCAGACUCAGAAAUAAAAGCUAUAACUCGAGGAAACCAUCGCCGAUGUUGUUCUCAUCGGCUGCACAACUCAAACUAGAAAUGGCCAAGAAGCUGGUAAAUCCAACCGCAAAUUCUGGUCAAAAUGUACUCGAAGUUGAACAGACCACCGUAUCUUCUUUCACGACGUAUCGGCCAACGCGAAAAUCUGGGCUUGGAAAACGCCGAAAAUCGGAAACAAGCAUUGAAUCAAAGACUGAGGAAUCUGAAGAAAGCAGAACCAAGAAAUUGUCUAAUGGGAGCGUGAGUCUUGAAAGGAUCAAAAAAGCUGAUCACUCGAUGCCUAUCAAAGAUAAUUUAAAGACUUCUACCACCGGUGAUGGUUUUGAAAAAAAAAACGUAAUUUUGGAUGGUAUCAGACGGAUGACACAACGCCCAAGCUUUGCCAAACGCAGAAGUGUCCUAACUGAUGAGAAUGCUAGCAAAGUCACUGAUUUCACCGCAGCUCCAUCGUCAAUCGGUUCUGAAAGAAAAAUCAUAUCAAAAUACAAUAGAGCAGGAAGAAUUUCGCGCAACGAAAACAAGAAUGGAGUUACCGUACUUCCUCCGGUUGAAAAGAAUUUAUCUACGUCAGAAAUGCAUCCAGCGGGCAAGAGACUGAAUCAAAUUUCAACCGUGCUUCCAAACGGCUCAGAGUCAGAUCCGAACACAACCUUGAAGCCCUUUGCUCGAUACACAAGGCGCAAGUCGGAAUCCAAGACCUUCCAAAAGAUCGAGUUGCUCCCAACAGCAUCUAAAGCAUCGGAACCCUCGCUUACUGUAAGGCGCGAGUUCCGCCCAAGGACUGCCACUUACCGCAGGCAUUCGGAACCACCUUCACCCCCUGCGGAAUCUGCCAGCAUCGCAAUAACACCCAAAACCCCCAAGUUCCAUGCCACGUUCAAAUCUGACUCCACCUUGCCAAAAACAAAUGCGAAUAAAACCUUCAACGUGCAGAUUGCUUCAAAUUCCAGCCGUAACAACGAAUCUACAUCCUUCUCGAACGCUGGGAUUGUUGGUAGUAGUAACGGGGAGACCGGAGCCGACAACGGUUCCAGCAACGUCUUCAGCCCAACGCGAGCUUUGUUAUUGAUGAACAGAAAUAAAACACUCCUCGAACAACUAAGGAGUACCGUGGCACCUCUUCUGUCAAGCCUGGGUAUUAAGUCUCCUAUUUUUGCUGGAGCUUACAGGAAUACGACUAGCAGUGGGAAUUCGGCCAUCCGGGUCACUCCCAGUGGGCAGCCUCCCAGGUUCAGCGCAAGAUACAAGGGAGCUGAAUUGUUCGUGAGACGCCCGAACAUCUAUCAGCCGACAGUACCUUCAAUUUUUAGUUCAACAACCCCUUUAACGCCACUCCAGGUAUCUGCAAUCCCAUCGCCAUUGGAAGUGUCGAAUCCUGGAGAACCGAAAAUCCUGACGUAUUAUCAAGCAUUGGAAACAGCCAAUAUUAACAACGAACAACAACAAACUGACACAGAGCAACCCGCGAGGGUUAGCCAGGUAGACAACGAUAGAAAUAACGCAAACGAUAACGUUACAGACCUUAACGACACGAACAAUGCUAAUAUCGACAUUAAUAGAACACCAAAUACUGAUAGCCGAUUAACUGAAACAGUAACAAGCCUUGGCAUAUCUGAAAAUACUUUAGCAACAGAACCAGAAACUACCCUAGAUCCGAUAACGACCACCCAACCAUUAAAUACAACUACAAUUACUAGUUUCGAUACCUCUGAAACUACAACGAACACUGUACAGCCUGACCUCGUGGUUGACUCGAAUCUCAAAUCCACUCCGAAUUCUCUUACAAUAGCCGAGUCUGUCACAGAGUCUAUUCGAGUAAGAACUAGUCCUACGGCGAGUGGGGCUACCUUGCAACCCUUUGAUGUUCCUUCGACGACACCCUCCGACGACACAAACUCAAAUUCAAACUCAACACCGGCGCCUGACACUACCGUCACUUCCGAGCUUGAGACAACUUUUUCACCUCAAAACUCUGGAGCCUUCGCAAACCUAUUAGACACCACUCCACUCUCAUCGGUGUUCACUUCAACUACUGGGGGAAACUUAGAAACUACCACUGUUUCGCUGACAACCGAGGCCCAAUCGAUCUCGUUCGACUCCCUGCAAGAAAUGAUGCAAAUCAGUAUCGACUUUUCUCAAAUGUCGACCAUAUCUUCUGAAGUUCAGUCGACUCAAAUUUCCGAAACAACUCCCAUUUCUUUAUUGCGAUUACAAAUGCAAGUGGACGAUGUUGAUCAGGGCCCUACAACUGUGUCCCCUAUGUCAACACCAGUCUCUUUAAGUUCUAAAUCUACACCGUCUUCCGAAUCGUUUGAAAUCAAUACGACUAGCAAAACACCCCAAACAACGCCUUCCAUAUUGGCCCGACUUUCAGAUUUCGAAAUCCCAGACGUAACGACCGUAGCGUCAUCGACCCAAGAUUUGACCACCCCACCCAGCCAGGAAAUAAUGGCUCUGUUUGGAACCACUACAGUCGUGAGCCAGGUAAUAAAUGAAACAAAUGAUGACGCUGUCACACAAACCAACCAAACAAUCAGUCAGGAGUUAGAGUUGGCAAUGCUUACAACUACACAGUCAGUUAGUCAAUCUGGCACUACAACCACAAUAGACACAACAACUACACAAAGUUUUGAAAGAUUAGUAGAACAAGGAACAAAGGCCGCCGAUGAAAACGCUUCAACCACUCCGUUGGGUGGAUCAAUUAGUAGUAUCACGGUAAACGAUCAAACUGGAACAGAUUUAGACAUCACGACCGUUACAUCCACACAGUUAACCAGCCAAUAUGAUUCUACAACAGCAACACCAGCAUCAAUAACAACAACAGAAAAUAGUCAGAAUAUAGUUAGGCAGGAAACUGACAGUGCUGGCGAAUUAAAUUCGUCUAAUGGUACAGCUGAGGCAGACGAUAUGCUUUCACGAUUUUUGUCAGCGUCAACGACAAUAAUACCAAAUGAUUUUGCCACCACUCCAGAGUCGCUUGAUGUUUCACUAUCUACGACACUAUCGACAGCUUCUGAACAAGCAGCAACCACAAUGCAAUUUUCUCUCUCUACGACACUAAAUUCCGUUGAGAAUAGUUUCGAAUUGAUCUCAAAUGCGGUGGCGCCUGUGACCGUGGGGCCAUCUUUGGUUAGGCUCUCUGCAAAUUCUAAUGCCGUGAUGCCGGCAGUAACCACGGGAGUUACGUUCAAUGAAGAGGUAACCACGAAAGGAUCACAGGAGACAACGACGGAAUUCAAUUCUGCUAGUACAAUUCAAUUUUCAACAAGUUUCUUAGAUAAUAACUUAGGCUCAGAAAUAGCUGCGCAGAAAAGCGAAACACAAACUAUGCUGAAUGAUGUGUCAUUAGAACGAACGACUCCAUUCGAAUCGCUACCUGUUACGACAAUAACGAUACAAAACGAUACACUCGUUGAAACAACAAUACAAGACCUUGCAUUAACGACAGGUAUACUUGUAAAUACCGAAACAACCGUAGGCUUCGAAGUUGCCUCAGAAACUCCGGGAACCCAAGAUAAUGGCACAACACAGCUAACCACUAACCAAUCUACGGCAAACGAAAUCACCACCAACUCAUUUUCAGACACAAGUACAACACCUGAAUCCACCCCUAGCCUCGUAACCGAUACGCCAACUCUGCUUGCCCGUUUACAGGAUGUAACCGCAACUACAACUGCAACCGUAACCGCCCAAGGGACGGCUGGUGUCGACAUGCAAGUAACCACUCGACCGAACGAAUCAACCAAUGAUCUCGAAACCACCCCUUCUCCCUCCAUCACCCAAUCACCUACCACAACCACAUCCCAGGCAUCAGACAACGCUUCGACGCCCGACCCAAACGUCUCCAUCAUAACUAGGACCACGAAUUUACCCGAUGCUAGCAUACCGACGACCGUGUCUAUCCAAACGAGUGUCGAUUUCACUGUAACGACAGAAGAAAUUUCUGCAACGACCACCACUCAAUCUCCGAUAAUCGGCACAACUGCCAUUGUUGACACCACCUUCCCAUCGAUAACAACGACUACGACUACUACUACGACUACAUCUACGUCUAUGGCGACAACGACAGAUGCAGUGCCUCAAACGACCUUUGGCAUUGACGAAAACUUGAUUUCGUCAGAUUCAGAAACCACAGCUUCAGCUGUAAACGAAGCUACUACAGAAACUGUUGCUGCAGACGCGAUACAAAAACUCAACGAGGUCGAUGAUUCAACGACAAUAUUCAGUGAGCAGAUGAUCACGACCACGUCGAGGGUGGAGACUGCAACUAAUUUUCCAGCUCCUACGACUUCUUCUCAACCCGUACUACCGACCGUUGCUGAUACGAUUGAGUCUUCGACAAUUCCACAAGUCUCAUCGACAAAUAAAGCGAUCGGUGUUAAAUCCCCAAUAGUUCAGAACACUCCUGACCCCAGAGGGAGUUUGGUCGUAACAUCCCCCGCUUCGUUAAUCAUGGGGCGUUUCGGCGGAAAUAGAUUGACACCGGCCCCUCGGUUCAGUCCCAGUUCUUCUACUCGGGCCCCGCUGCGAGAUUAUUACGUCUACGGAAUCUAUCCGAACAAAACGAUCGUUCGGAAGCGACCCGAGGACAACGUGAUCGACGGAAGGAACGUCAACAGUCCAUACGUAAUAUUUGGGAUUUAUCCGAAUGGAAAAUUGGUACGAAAAUUUCCGAAUGGUACCGUUAUACCGGACCCUCCAAGGAACCCUGUCGAGGUCGUCUUCUCACUAAGCACUACUACCACAACUAACCGGCCCAGCCCUGUUUUCUAUAACCAGGCUAACCAAGGCUAUCAUAACCAGAUAUCUGCAAUCUAUAAUAACCGACCUGUAGCGAGUAUCUUCAACCAGAAUGCGAAUCACUUUCCUGGCGUCAAUCUUGGACUUACUGGUAACACGAUUGCCGGAAACACUGGAGGAGUUUCCGGUUUAUCGAGUGCUGCUAGCGCCACAAAGAAAAUGAGUGACAUUUUGUUAGAAACUCAAAUGGGAACCAACUCAAACACCGCAUCGGAAAUUUCGGAUUUACUAACUCUAUCCCCGAACGCCAAUACCAUUGGAUCAUCCUCGGCAAUCCCUGGGGCCGCAACAAUCGUCACACCUCGAAACAUGGAUACAAAUUUGAAUUCGAAUGUGCAAAACGGUCGACGAACUUGGCAAAAUACCGACUUUGAUGAGGCUAGUCGAACCAGGGUAGUCAAUGAUCAAAGAAGCUCCGUGUACAUCGGACAGGACAAGUUUGUAAAUUACUGGAGCGACAGCACGUUAAACACUAGCCCACGAGUUCAGAACAUCAGGAUAAAUUCAGUCGCCGGCUCCUCGAAUCUUGGUCCCGCGUCCACAGUUGGCUCGUCACUACCGUCGUUCGAUAUAUUACCGAGUAGUCAAUCCGAAAACCCAGUGACGGCUGGUCCGGGUUUUCCUUGGCUAGAUCCACUGGAUCAAAUACUCGGCGUAACAACCAAUUCCCCCGUUAUCACCGCUUCUGUAGCAUCGAAUACGCUUCUGGAUAAUGCGAACAGCGCAACUAUACUGCCGAGGCCUAUCAACCCCUUCGUUGAAGUUUUCACCCCUGGAUCGAGCUCCAUUGAUACCACCGUAACUCGUUCUUCUGCAUCAUUGACGGAUGCUGCUGUGGUAGCUACAAUAACUACUGCAACUACCUCGGAACCAACGAGAACAACGACGACGGCGACGACGACGACUACUCUGCCAUCAACUACCUCAAGUAUACCCAUAUCUACUUUGGUACCGAGGACGACGACGACGACGACGACUACAACGACAACGACAACGACAACACCGGUACCAACAACUACAAGUACGACUUCAACUACUCUGGCACUAACGAUUCCAACAACUACUGCCAACCCAACUGCCCCAUCAACGCCAGAAAUAGCGACAUCUUUGAAUUCAGAAGGGCCUUCGCAACAAAAACUGAACAUCCCGAAGCAAACCGCAUUUGGUAAUACUUUCGACGACUUGGCUUUCCUUAACACUCUGAUACAGCCAACAAAUGGCGAUGACACGUCUACAUCAAAGACUUUGACGCAGGCUGAGCAGUUUCUAGCAAACAAGAUACUUUCCCUGGCUUUGGGCAACAUGGGUCCAACACGUUCCCCGAAAGCGAUUCAAGCCUCAAACGCAUCACCGAAUUCAUUCGACCUGUCCACCAGGUCGAAUUCUCGAUCGAGGCCCAUAAUAAUUGACCUGCUCCCCUCGUCGACGACCCAGAAGCCAACGACGAUAAAACCCACUACUCAGUUCACGUGGAAACCGAUUCCCAUUGUCAGAACUACCUCGACUCCCAUCGUCCAAACCACCAGAAAGGAAGUACCAGUCUCUGUUAUCACCCCGAAACCUGAUAAAAUUAAACAGAACGCCGCCUCAUUUUCGAAAGCAGCGUCACCCGUCCCCACCGCACCCAAAUCCAGUCCUAGAACCACUACCACACCGGCCAAUCAAGGUUUCGGCUCGGGUCUGUUGACCGCCCUUUUCGGAAGCAAUCCUUUCUCCCCUCCUCCUAUAGCCGUACCAACGGUAGCGAAAAGACCAUUCUCAACUACUUCGAAAUACGUGCAAGCUUCGGAACCAUCACCAACGACGCGGAUACUGAAUCAAACCACGAGUUCGCUAAAGGGGUCAAAAUCGUCGGUAGGAACCGGAGACCCAAUGCAUUCUGAAAGCUCAAAUGUUCCUGUUUCAAUGCAGCAGCCAGUGAAAAACGAGAUUACAGUUUUACUGAACAACCCGAACCCACGAGUUCCAACGUUGUCGACAUCAACCUUCUCCCCGGAAGACGAUGCCAAGUUUUUGGCAGCAUUAUUGAACUCGGCGCAAAAGGGCGGCUCUCCAUCCAGUAAACCCGUUCCGGGUAUCUCGCGCGACGACGAAGCCUUUUUAAGGGCGAUUUUGAGCGGCCAGGCGAGCGUACAGCCAGCGUCUUCAAUUGCUACUAGUACCAGCGGCGGAAACGACGCAGCUCUUCUUGCUGCACUCCUUAAAUCUCAAAACAUCGAUCCUAGGGUGCAGCUAGGAGGCACUACAUCACGAAAACCUCCGACCACGACGACGACUUGGUCACCCAGCUCGACCUACCCGCCAUCGAUAUUUGAGUCCUUUGGUAGUUUCGGGAGCCAGCAGAGGCCGAAAGAUUCCACAGAAGUGACGCUGACCGGCGGUUCAGGUGACGGCAGUGUCAGAAGCCAGGUCGUUAAUGCAGCGAUCGGAGCCACCAGGGCGUUCAGUCGAUUUCUCGGAGCGGCAAUAACGGGCGCAGCGCAGCAGCUUCAAUCCUUUGUAAGAAACGGUACUAGAUACGUGUCUGAGGCAGUUGGAUAAUGUCGUGGGGACCAAAAGAGGUACUUCAGUUAGAGUAUUUAUUAUGAAUCCGGUUUGGAUUAUGAUCGGCGAACAUGUGUAACUCUACAGGCAUCUUGUGUUAUUCUUUCGCAACCAGCACCCAUCGCCAAAACCGUCGGUCUCAGAAAUUACACAGUACUAAGAUGAAAAUGGUUUUGGAAAAAGUGAAGAUGAACAAAACUAAUACAAAAUUAUGGUUAAUAAUGGUUAGUAAAAUCUCUGGUUACAAGCAGGUGCGCAUGGUUUCAAAAGCACGAUGUAUAUAGGUAGAAAAAUGAUAAUCAGAAGCACCAUGAUGUCAUUAUGAUUUUCCAUAACUGUAAAUUUGUCAAGACUUAAUGUAAGCGGAACUACAGGUUGUUGAUAAGGACAGCAUCGAGUGAACAAAAACUGAGCCUAUGAGUUAUAUACUCCACGAUUUAGCCAUCAAAUCGGAUGUCUUAAUCUCCGAUUGAGGCCGAUCGAUGGGCAAAAAAUGAUUGUAUAAUUAUGAUAGAAACUGACAAAUGAAACGAUAUACCCAGUGCUCUCGAGUCUCAAACUCAACAGUUAAAAUACUCAAAUACACAUAUGUAUAUAAUGAAUUUAUUGUAGGGACAGGUAACGCUUUAGUUUCUUUCACUCUCCCCUCUAUACUUUUUUAUUUUUAAAUUUAUACGCAAUUUGUGACAUGUUGCAAAAUUAAGCACGUGGAAAUAUCUUCUCAAGCCUUGCAAACGUUUCUAGGGUAUAUAUUUUAUUAACGCUAACGAUAUAUUCCUGAGACAUUUGCAAUGUUAUUUAUAAGCAUGAUAUGUAAUUAUGUUAAUACCCACACUGUAAAGGUAUGUGUAUCUAUUUCUGUAUCAACAGGAGUAUCUUUCUACAGGAUGCUCAAAGUUUAACAUACUGAUUAUUUCAAUAUACGGUAGAUGUUUUUAGCACGCUUGUACAGGUAAAGGAGCUGGCUGCAUAUGGAUAUCAAAUGAUAUAACAAUCUUAUCGAUAAUAAUGGGAAGUACCCAAUAAUAAAAAUAUAUUACAUUUACGUGAA